AUGGGAUCGACAGCCCCGCCAGCCGCUGCAUCGAUUUCGUGCAUGCCGAUCCCCCAAAGGACGAUGACUUGCAGUGCACCAACAAAGCGCAAUUUCCGGGUGCUCCUCCGGCCUCUGAACAUCAUUGUUCUCUCUCUCAUCCUGGCCGUUCUCCUCCCGGUCGCCGCAGCUAACACAGCCGACCCGAUCCCGCUCGCCUCCAAUUCGAAUUUCAAACCCACAGCCACGCUGUCUCCCGGGACCACUGAGACCUUUAUUCGCGACAAUCGCGUGCCAGUGAAGCAAAAUGGACGCUGGGUCUAUCUCUCGGACGGGAAGGUCGACGACCUGCGAAGGCGCGUCGAUACUGCGACUGAUUCCAGUACCAGCGCAAAAACUACAACAACAAAAACGACGAGCAAGAAGACCACAUCCACCUCUACCGCCUCGUCCAGCGCGCUCCCCGAAUUUUUUGAUAGCAGCCUGGCCUCCAAUUACUCGAGCAGUGGCAACUGCCCUACUUUUAUCAAGUCAUUCAUCUCAAACUCCACCUUUACAAAGUGCUAUCCAUUUUCAUUGCUUCUUGAGGGCUCUACCUCCUUCUUCAAUGCGGAGAAGUCGCUAGUGUCUAUCACACAGGUGCUUGACGCUUCAUGCGCGGCCAACGUCACGUUUUGCGCAAAUUAUCUGGACAACUUAGCAACGGACCUGAUUAGCUCAGACAACUGUGGAGACGACUACAAUCUGGGCAACUCAGUUGUCCAUGAAGCCUAUCUAGGCAUGCAGUCCUACCAGGUGCUCUAUUCGGCAACGUGCCUGAAAGACUCGGCUUCAAGCCAAUACUGCUUUGCCAAUGCGAUCACAAACCUCACAACGACGGCAAACGCAUAUUUUUACUAUCUUCCUCUCAACAUCUCUCUACCCGGGAGCUCGAUGCCAUCAUGCAACACAUGCCUAAAGAACACCAUGGCAGUCUUCCGGGCCGCCUCCAUAGACCGCAAUCAACCGAUCGCCAACACUCUUUGGGGCUAA